AUGAAGACCAUCUACCUCACGGCGCCGCUGGAGCUGGGGCCCUGGUUCCAGCACAUCUCCACCUUCUUCGUCCGGCCCCUGGACGAGGAGUACAUCGACUUGUCGGCCGAGGUCGCAUUGCUGUCGCGAAACGUGAAGAUUCAGGGAGAUCCGACAUCCGAGCUUGACCAGUGGGGUGGUCACACGCAGGUGGCGUUUGGCGGCAUCUACCGCAUCGAGAACGCUGAGUUUUACCGCAUGGGUCAGACCGGAGAGAUGUCUCGGUACCCGAUCCACUUCCACAUCACCCAGGACUACGGCCAGUUCUGCUAUGCCAAGUACAACUCCAUUCAUCACAGCUUCCAACGUGCGCAGAUCUCAGAGACUCUGCCGCCACCUCCGGGUAACGCUGCAGGCAGCAGCUUUUCAGAAGCAGUUGCAGAAGUACAGCUCGGCAAGGCGGUGGCCGUGCACAGCACCAACUACGUGCUGGUGAAGGGCAACGUGGCCUUCGACAUCAUCGGGCACAUGCUCCUGUCUUGGCAUGUGGUUGCCAUGUCCUGCUAA